CACGUGCUUCAGAGUUCAGACUUCACUCUUUGCGCGGUUGCGCACUUGCCCGUUCAGAUGAGAAUAGUAACAACAAUUAGUACUAUUGAAGUAUUGUACUAAACCUAGAGUAAGCUACCGAGCAUAUACGGCCUAACUGAUUGCAGUUGCUGAUUGUUAAUACUCAAUUUUAAAUUUAAAUUCUGUCUUUUAUCCAGUUCGACAUUAAACUUGGUAUUUUUUUUAUAUUACAAUAAUAUAGAAAUUAUUGGAUUAAAUUCUUCUUAAAUGUAUCGUCCAAACAAUCAAACAACUUUCACACCAAAUGGAGCCUAUCAACAAUCACAGUCAUAUCAAACUCCUAGACCUUUUCAACAGCAACAAUUUGGUCCACGAUUUCAAUCACCUUCCCAACAGUUUACACCACCAGGAUCAUUUUAUCAACCUUCCCGACAACAUCAUAACCACUCAAUACAUGCGUACCAAGUUCCUGAUACUGCAAUACCUCCACCUUUUUAUCAACCUGUUAACCCUAAUUUUGAACAAACAAAACCAUCAUAUCAACCUUCUCUCCAAAAUAAACAUAUAGAAACAUCGCCAAAUCCUAAAUAUCCACCUCCAUCUGCUAGUCCUUGUUUCAACCAACUGUCAGUACCUCCCUAUAGAACAUCUGGACAAAUAUAUGUACCUCCUAAUCAAAAUUAUAGACAACCUCCCCCUAUUCAAAAUUAUAACAAUUGUCCUCCAAUUCAAAACUACAACCACCCACCUCCUAUUCAAAACUUCAACCAUCCUGUUGCACCCCCAUUUCAGUUGGCCAAUCAAAGUUGCAAUCAACCAAUGAGCUCUCCAUACCAUUCUCCCAGUCCUGGUUUUAGUCCAACACAAAAUAAUAUAUAUCAACCUCAAGCCCUAAGUCCUGAAUCAUUGAAACAACCAUACAAAUUAACAGCAGAUCAAUGUUAUCCACAACAGCAGUCUUCAUAUAAUUUACCUAUACAUGAAUUUAAUCAAAGGCCUUCUUUUAGACCUUUAGGACAACAAAGAUUUCCUUUUAACAAACAAAAUCCAAGAUAUCAGCAAUCACAAAAUGGUAAUAGAUUUCAAUUUCAACCAAGACAGCAAUAUCAAAAUUAUCGCACUAGAGAAGGGUCUCCUAGUAAAGGAAAUUUUGUAUCUAAAAAAGAUAAAAAUCAAGUAGCAUGUGAAUUAGGCGAUUGUGAUUUUGUGGGACAUGCUAAAGCAGUUAAAGAACAUCAAAAUUUGCAUCAUCGAUUAGGACUGCAUAAGAAAGUGUUAUAUAGUAAUAACUCGGACGCUGUUCAAAAAUGGAUUGAGGAAAGAAAAAAAAAAUGGCCAACUAAAGAAACCAUUCAAAUAAAAGUAGAUGUAGAGGAUGAAAAAAAUAAAAGAGGGGAACGUAUAGCAGAUGAAGAUUUCCAGAGGUUUAAUAAAAAUAAUAAAUCUAAGAAUUCUGGAAAUAAACGUCUUAAUAACAGAAAAAGACAAAGAUUUAAUGGUGAAUUUAUACAACCUAUUGAAGAACCAAUGAACGGAAACUUGAAACGCUUUGCUGGGAUAAUUGAUAUUAAAGACGAUCAAUUAGAAGAAACCAAUAAGCCAGUUGUUUUAAAACUAUUAGAGGAAUAUGAUCAAUCUAGUGAUAAUCAAAGCGACAACGAACCACCUGAAGAAAUGCCUAUAGUCAGAAAAUCAGGAUCACCAGAUAAUAAAAAUGUAUCAAUAAAAAAUGAGAAACCAUGUUCUACUCCAGUAAAAGAAGUUGUAAUAACAAAGAAAAGUGAAGAAUCAAUUUCUACUUUACUAAUAAAUAACAAAGUUGAUUCCACUACAUUAAUUGAUGACUGUGAAGCAGUAAGUACAGAUGUAAACAUUGAUGUAUGUUCUAAAAUAGACGAAAAGUGUGUAAAAACCACUAAUGAUCGUGGUCAAAAGCGUAAGAACACUUCCAAAAAGGAAUCGAAACCAUUCAAAAAAAUACCACCAAUGAGGACACCACGAACUGAAGUUGUUGAAAGAAAGGGUGCUCUGUUGGAAGCUUUGAUGGGAGAUUUAAUGCGCAGUGAACGAAACACUAUAACUCAGUGUAUUUGUUACAUCAGAAGCAACAUGAAUCGUUUCUGUAAAAUUCAAGUCGCUUAAGUAUUGUGAUUAUUCGUUUUUCUAUUGGACCAACAUACUAGAAUAAAAUAAUUGUGUUUUAUUAUUUUAAUUUACAAUUAUUAUGAAUUAAUUUGUAUUUGACCAUA